GAGCCUGGGAAUGUUUCCGAGAUCAUCUCUUAUCGCCAAUUCAAAAGAAAUACUGUAAUGCAAACCUGAAUGAAAAAAAUCAUGGAGCAAGGAAAACCGAGUAGUAGUAGCAGAGGAGCAAUUCAGUAAUUCUUGUACUACUCAAACUUGGUGUGUGUGCGUCAAAUUAAGGAAGGCAUCGUAAUUGAAAUAAUACAUCGAAAUAAUACCUUACCUAAAUCUCGUCGUACCGUGUGGUACGUAACUGUUGGAGGUAAUCUUUGUUUUGGUUGGUUGAUCGGAUGGGUCCUUAUGCUUUUCGAUAUUCCACCUUAUCACACCGUAUCAUUUUGUCUUGGGAUUGUUUUGAAGUACAUAAAGUUACUUUGACCAUCGCAUAUUUGUCUUAGCCAAUAAUCGGCCUUCAAUGAACAAACAAACACAAGAACGAUGGGACAUGUAACAAACUAUGGCAACGUCCACCAUCAACAGUAUAGCAACUAUGAUCACAGCUCUGGCACGGACGAGUUGCAUCCAUCGUGUGCUCGCGGUUGCGAAAGUGAAAACGGCAAUGGAAGCAGCAGCAUCAAUAACAUCAACAACGUUGGCAGCAGUAGGAACAUCAACAAAAUUGGCAGCGGCACGAUCGUAGAGCACAAACAAAUAGCCGGGACUUCCUACGACUGUCCCAUUUCUAUURCAUCGUCRAAYGAAGUUUCGACGACAAAUAACGSCAGUCGUAGUAGUUGUUCGAAAUCAACGCACCAAMCAUUUUUUUKGGAUUCUACGAAGAAUCYUGAUGUUAGGUUUUGCACUGACACAAAAAGUAAUAUUGACAAUGGUACUCAGAGCACUUWUACUGGCUCUUGUCCUGGCUCKGGUACAAAUGCGAUUAAGGCUCAAAAGAGCGACGGUGCCACUGUUGGCCAUCCCUAUUYKCCAUCUUCUUCGUURUGCUGGAUCGUAUCUCUGGGGACCGACGACGCUGCGUUUAGCUACAAACACAAUUGCCAUUUUCAACGACAACAGCAGCAACGGAGCGAGUGUUCUUGCGAUGAUCGCGAUCACGAGCAAUUCUCCACUACAAGGAAAAUAACAACGACAACSCAUCCAGAUUGCGAACCAUCGGUGACAUYGAUCCSGUCCUCAUCGCUGUCGUGCUCAUCUCUGCUAGCAGAAUCAGCAUCGUUCCMAUCCUCUUCCCCCCCYUCCUUCCAAAUCGAAGAAAAUAGCRACAAUAGU